GGCUGCCGGCGGCCGAGCGCGACCUUGCAGCUCGCCAGCUCGGGGAAGCACCGCCCGAAGUGGGGCGUGACCCGCUUGACCAGCCGACCUGCGCCGCCGCUUCCAGGCCUCGCCGAGCCUCCCGCCGGCCCCGAGUCAGGCGCUCCCCUGAUGUACGCGCUUGGAGCAGAGCCACUGAAUCAUGACGCCUGCCGAGAGGAGUGGGGAGGCAGCCGGGCAGAGAAGCCAGCCGGGCGAGAGCAGCAGAAGCUCCUGCGACGCCCAGCGAUGCGGAGCGCCACGGUGGUGGUGCUGGCUCUGGCAGUCGUCGGCGGCGGCGGCGGCGGCGGCGGCGGAGCGCGACAUCGCGAGGCCGCCGGCGACCAGCCGGUGGUGAGGACCGCGCAAGGCCGCCUCAAGGGCAGCGUCAUGCAGUCCCGCCUCGGCAGGAACAUCUACGCCUUCCGCGGCGUCAGGUUCGCCGAGCCGCCGCUGGGGGAGCUCAGGUUCAAGCCGCCGGUUCCUGCUCGAGCUUGGACAGGAGUGAGGAACGCCACAGCCGACGGCAGCGCCUGCCCUCAACCCGAGCGCAACUACCCGCUGCCCACUUCAGAAGACUGCCUCUUCCUCAACGUUUACACCCCUCAGCUUCCGGAUGAAGGUACUCACCGCAAGAUGUCAGUCAUGGUGUUCUUCCAUCCGGGAGCUUUCUAUGGGUUCACUGGACACAGCGCCAUGUUUGGCCCUCAGUACCUCAUGGACCAAGACAUUGUUCUCGUCACUUGCAACUAUCGACUUGGAGCAUUAGGCUUCCUGUCAAUGGGCGACAGCGUGCUGCCGGGCAACUACGCCAUGAAGGACCAGGUGGCGGUGCUGCGAUGGGUGCGCCAGAACAUAGGCGCCUUUGGCGGCGACCCGGACUCCGUCACCAUAGCGGGCUACAGCGCGGGCGCCCGCAGUGUCAUGCUUCACAUGGUCUCACCCAUGUCGCAAGGCUUGUUCCACUGCGCCAUCGCGAUGAGCGGCUCGGCACUGACCUACUCCCAGAACGUGGACCCGGCGCCAACCGCCCGCAAGCUGGCGCGCUACUUCAACUGCUCGGCCGAGACGUCGGAGAGCAUCCGGCGCUGCCUCGGGCGGCAGGACGCCCAGGACCUGGCCUCUGCUCUGAACAUCUACCGGGAGUUUGCCUGGGACCCCAUCGUCGUGUUCCUCCCCGUCGUGGAGAUGGCGAACCCCGCAGAAGAGCAGUUCCUCACCGCGAAUGCCCUGGAGUUGUUCCUUGCCGGGAACUUCUCGCAAGUGCCGUUCAUCACCGGCAUGACCGAGGACGAAUUGGCCUGGAAGUCGUUGCAGAUCCUGGCUAACUCCAAUUGGACAGAAGAAGUGAACAAUGACUACGAGCAAGUAUAUCCCAUCUCCUUCCUGUACGAAAGGGAAACACAACGCUCGAGAUUCAUCACAAAUGAGCUGAGAAGGUUCUACCUGAAUAACAUGGAUCUCGAAAAUACAACGUACAAUGGACUUGGACUGAUAUAUUCAGAUGCCUUAGUUGGUUAUGGAGUGCACACAUCAUCCAAGGUACUACCCGCUAGAAGCAGUAAGCCAGUUUACUACUACAAGUUCACAUAUCCUGGAAGAUACAGCUUUGUGCAUUUGGAUGGUACAACACAACCAUUUGGAAUUGUGCAUCAUGAUGACCUUAUCUACCUUUUCCACAUUUCUUUGCUUUUUCCCCUUUUAAAGGAAAAUGACCCAGAGAUUUUGAUGGUGGAAAGACUCACAAAACUUUGGGCAAAUUUCAUACAAACUAGAGACCCAACCCCUGAAAGGUCAGAGAUUUUCAACUAUGUCCGCUGGGAGCCAAUCACCACCAGGAACACCAACUACCUGCAUCAAGGUGUGAAGAUGGAAAUGAAGCAAGGGUUGUUUCAAGAUCGAAUGAACCUUUGGGACAGGCUCUUUCCUGUACAAAUGUAACACUGAAAAAAAAAAAGUUUAGCAGUGAAGUCACGUAGUGUAUAGUAAGCGUCAAACAUCCUGCGAGUUCGAGAGUUCGAUGGAAAAGUGUUGCUUGGAAUGGACCGGCAAGAGACAAAUAGUAAGCGGAGCCUGUGGAACCAAACAGUCCCACCUCGACACUGCUAGAUUUCACAUCAACUGUUCUGAAAAUAUUUAUCACUGUUGUGAUGCUGCUGUAUGUUUCUACGUGUAGAAGAUAACACACUAUGAUAAUGAAAACCACACAGGCAGAUGCAAAACCCUACAGAAUAAGUGCAAGCAGCCAGCUCCUAAAUAUUAAGGGUGCAGUUAUAUGGGACUCUGAACUACUUCUGGAAAACAUGUUCAACUUUUGCCCUUUCUUUCAUAGUAGUUCAGAACAUCUCUUCUACAUAAGCAUCUUAUUGGCUGUUCUGUGUUGAGAGUAUAAAAAAAAUUGAUUCAUUAAAUAUUCAAUAUUCAUAAUGUUCCUGGCACAAGUGAAUGUAAUAUUUUACUGACUGCAACAAAAAAAGAUCAACAAUGAUGCUGAUGGAAAUUCUCUAAUAGAGGUACACUUGCUCAAAUAAAUAGGAUCCACAACACAUUCAUUCGAUGACAGUAGACAAUCGGUUUUGGAGUUUAACACAUUUUUUACCAACUGCCAUGUAACCGUUCACUUUUGCUUUUGUUAAUAUGCAUAUUUAAACCUGUUUACCUGAAGUAGUUCAGCAUUCCAUGUAACCAUGCCCUAAGUCAGACUCCAUCGCUUGCUAAGCACUACAAUGGUCAACAUAAUUUGAUCAGAUAUAGCACUCUUAAGUCAUAUGUCACACCAAAGGAUUUACAUUUCAACCUCCUUGGCUGUGCACCACUGAUACAUAUUCCCUUCCCCUACUUGUACUUCUAUCUCCCUUACCCCUCAAAUUCCUCACCUCUGUGCUGACAGCUCGCAAGACUUCUGGCAGGUACUAUACUAGUGUAUUUAUAGUGAUGAAGUUAGAAUUAAUUAUGAUUUAUGAGAAUAAACAAACAUUAUAUGUACACAUCAGGACCAUCUGUAUAGCUUAGAGUUAUGACAUCAAAAUAAUAAUGUUUCUGAUAUCUUUGUAGAGUAAAUUGCAGAAUUAAUAA